AUGAGCUCUUUGUCAGAAGAAUUAAACGAUGAUUUUCAACAACUUAGUAUUGCCGACGGCAAACCUCUAAAAAGUAUGGCAAGCGUCAAAGGUUCACCUUCUGGCUCAUCUGAUGAUCUGGCUACUGAGAGUGUUAAGACGCACUUUUCGGCAAAGGAAGAUGCCGCGUUGAAGGAGUCUGAAGCUCGGGAAAAGGCAUAUGAAGCUAUAUCCAACUCUCAAGUUAACCAGGAAGCGUCUACUUCUAUUGAAACAGGUACUCGUUGUCCUUCGAUCGAUAAACGUCCUUCUCAGUCAUCUAAGGCUAUAGCAGAUGUCCCUAUGGUGAGUAGUACAUCUGGAAUGUCGGUCUCAUCAAGUGGUGCAAAAUUCCAAUAUAACUCUUUGACACAUGAACUCCGUGCUGUCGCAGAUGAGAAUGAUGAUUCGCAAGGGCAAGCAGCUAUUGACAAAAUUGAUUCUGGCAAGCGGUUAAAGCUGAACUUGGGCGGUGUCUUUUCCAGUGAUGACAAUGUGAAUCCAGACCCCCCAUCAAGAGAACUUAUUAAUAUUUACAAGGACAUUGAUUGGUGUCUGAAAACCAGGAGGAAAUAUAUGAGUUUAUCUAUUCAGGAUGAAGUUGAGAAUCCUAAAAAUCAAUCAGGUUGGAAGAUAUAUCCCGAUCCGCCUAAGCCAUUUUGGAAAAAGGCUGACAAUUACUAUGAGAAGAAGAUGCCUGAAAACCCGAACUCUGUCCCUGGAUCUUCUUUUGAAUUUUCCAAAUGCGACAUUCCAGGCCCUGAUAAUGAUCAUGACUUCUUUUUGAAUAGUGAGGAUGUAUUUAUUCCUAUAAAUCUGAAGUCUAAAAUGCCCAUCUCGUAUAUUCCAACAAUAAAGGAUUUUUAUGUCGACAUGGAGAGAAUUGUCAGCAUUGCAUCUGAUGGUCCUACAAAAUCCUUCGCCUUCAAGCGUCUAGAAUUUCUUGAGGCCAAAUGGAAUUUGUAUUACUUAUUAAAUGACCAUGAAGAGGCAUCCGAAUCCAAGAGGAAUCCACAUAGAGACUUCUAUAAUGUUCGAAAGGUGGAUACACAUGUCCAUCACUCGGCAUGUAUGAAUCAGAAGCAUCUCUUACGCUUCAUCAAGCAUAAGAUGCGUCAAAAUUCAGAUGAGAUGGUCAUCAAAAGGGAUGGCAAGAUUCUAACUUUGAAUCAAGUGUUUGAUUCCUUACAUCUCACUGCUUAUGAUUUGAGCAUUGACACCUUGGAUAUGCAUGCUCAUAGAGAUACUUUCCAUAGAUUUGACAAGUUUAAUUUAAAAUACAAUCCAAUGGGUGAAUCCAGAUUGAGAGAAAUAUUCUUGAAAACUGAUAAUUUCAUUCACGGAAGUUACCUUGCUGAAAUUUCAAAGGAAGUUUUUGAUGAUCUGGAAUCUUCUAAGUAUCAGAUGGCCGAAUACAGAAUUUCUGUCUACGGGCGCUCAAUCGAAGAAUGGGAUAAGUUGGCAGCCUGGGUUGUUGAUAACAAAUUGUUUUCUCAUAACGUUCGUUGGCUGGUUCAGGUUCCAAGGUUGUACAACGUUUACAAGAACAAUGGUCUAGUGCAGAACUUUCAGGAAAUUGUGAUUAAUCUUUUCAAGCCAUUGUUUGAGGUGACGAAAGAUCCAACUUCCCAUCCAAAAUUGCAUGUUUUCUUGGAACGGGUUAUUGGCUUUGAUUCUGUUGAUGAUGAAUCGAAAAGCGAUCGUCGUUUCCACAGAAAAUUUCCAUUUCCUCACAAAUGGAAUUCAAAAGAUAACCCUCCAUAUUCAUAUUAUCUUUACUACAUGUAUUCUAAUAUUGCUGCUCUUAACAACUGGAGAAAAGCAAGGGGUUUCAAUACGUUUGUUUUAAGACCGCAUUCUGGAGAGGCUGGAGACACAGAUCAUCUCAUUUCAGCGUAUUUGACAUCUCAAGGUAUAUCGCAUGGAAUCCUUUUAAGGAAAGUUCCUCUGGUUCAAUACUUAUACUAUCUUAGUCAAAUUGGAAUUGCCAUGUCUCCUUUGUCAAAUAAUGCUCUUUUUCUAAACUACGAAAAAAAUCCGUUUCCCGCAUACUUUAAGCGUGGCCUACAAGUUUGUCUAUCAACUGAUGAUCCAUUACAGUUUUCCUAUACGAGGGAGCCAUUAAUCGAAGAAUACUCUGUUGCAGCACAGAUUUGGAAGCUUUCAAAUGUGGAUAUGUGUGAGCUCGCAAAGAACUCUGUUUUAAUGAGUGGCUUUGAGUGGCAAUUAAAGCGUCAUUGGCUUGGCGCUGACUUUGCUGCUUCUGGUGUAGAUGGAAAUAACGUCGAGAAGACCAAUGUUCCUAAUAUCAGGGAAAUUUACAGAACUGAUACUUUGAACUCGGAGAGGAAAUUGGUUGAUUAUUACUCGUCUUUGAAACUACCAGACUAUUGA